AAACGCUUCUUCCAGAGAUAGCAUUUUAUGCGCACGCGCUGAACCUGGAGCGCGACCCUGGUCCCUCAAGUAUGCUUUACGCAUGAGCGAAAGGUGGUAGAAGAGUAGUUCCUCCUUGAUCCUGUUAAGCGCAAAUAUGUCAUCAGACCCCACUACACCCACCCAACCGCUCCAUUCUCCAAAAUCUCCAGGUGCUCUUUCCUACCCGUUCCACCGCGAAGGGAGUAAGCUCUGGGAAAGAAGUCAUGCUCUUUUAGGGGAACUGCCUAGCCCACUACCAACCAAGAGAACACGAACAUACUCGGCCACUGCACGGGCCUCAGCAGGACCUGUAUAUAAAGGGGUUUGCAAACAGUUUUCCCGUUCCCAGGGUCAUGGCUUCAUCACUCCCGAGAAUGGGACUGAAGAUAUAUUUGUGCACAUAUCAGACAUUGAAGGGGAGUAUGUGCCAGUUGAAGGUGAUGAGGUAACAUACAAGAUGUGCCCAAUCCCACCGAAGAACCAGAAAUUUCAGGCUGUGGAGGUCGUUCUUACCCAUCUAUCCCCUCACACAAAGCAUGAGACAUGGUCGGGGCAAAUCAUCAGCUCUUAGACCGAAACAGUACUUUUCAUAGGUGAUGGGGACCAAGAGAUAUAUAUAACUGCCAUGUUGACGGCUACGGCUACUAAAGUGACACCAGAUCUUCUAGAGAGUUUGAGCCAGGUUCAUACUGAUUUGUUUCUCAAAGUUUCAUGGGUUUAUUUAGUCCUAUAGAGUAAAGAUGAUGAGGAACAGACUGGCUCAAUCUGUCCCAAAGAUCUGAGCUUCUCACUAGCCUGGCCACCUGUCUUGGUGUUGCUGUAACAAGGCUGGAUUUAACCUCUGCACUGUGGGCCCAGAUUUUAAGAUCUGAAACUGAAAAGUUUAGUGCUUCGUUCAUGAAUGAGAAGUUCUAAAGCUGCUCUCCACAUUUCCCAUUGCAAUAUGUCUUGUGCUCUCACUUUGGUAUAUUCUUUAUCAGAGCUGCCUAGGGUUAACCUGAGCCACAGUGGCCUCCUUUUUGUUUUUUUUGAGUGGUCCAUCUGUUUGAUCCACCAUUAGAUUCCUUAAAUCCAGAAAUAGCUGGACAAGACGCAUUGUACUUAAGUAUUCAUAACUGCUUGUAUAUAUUUAAUUCUUAGCUUCACUAAGUCAGUCCUCAGUAACUCACAGAAACAUGCAUAUUCCAAUAGCCUAAAAGCAUCUGUCAAAGUUAUAACGAUAAUGACUGAUUCACAUGUGUGCUUAUGGUGAAAAUCUCGGGGUUCCAGUCUGUUGUCUGUUUAGGGAGUUUGAAGAGGGGAUUUUUUUUUCGUGUGCCUUAAGUAAUUUGUGAUAUGUUAAUCAUGUUUGUCAAGUUUUUGGUUUUCUUUUUAAUGCUUUUGUUUUGUUCUGAUUUGUGCAUAUUGAAGAAUUUGUUGUGUACACCUGCAGCGUGAUCCAAUACAUUACUUGAUGUCAGUAAAAUAGCAAUGGCAAGUCACUUAAAAUUGGUUGAGAAUGACUGAGAAUAGAAGACCUAGUAAGCACAACCGUAUUGAGAGUUUGAGUCUGGGGAGAAUAAUUGAUUACAUAUUAAUACUAUUUUGACCUAAAUGUACAUUACCUAAGACACACACAUAUGGUAUUUGCUGUUGUAGGUUAGAAAAAUACUUUAAUGUCUUUCUUGCAAUUCUGUUCCUGAUGAGAAAUGCUAAUUUCACACAGAUAACCUUAUAAAUGUGCAUUCUGGGCUUCAA